AUGCUUGACCCAAGGUUAGAGGAAGAAUUUGAGAAGAUGGAUGCUAAACAGAUCCGACACCUUCUCAAAUUGGUGUGUGAUGAGAAGAGUUUCACUCUGAAGCACCAUCGUGGAAAAAUCACCGUCAAACCAGAGAAGGUUUUCAUCAUGCCCGCAGGUUUUCAUGAUGGCAAAUUUAAAGAGUCGAACUUCAAGGAUUGCGAGAGUUACAAGGAAGGAGAUGAGGAGGAUGAAGUUGAAGUUGAAGAUGUUCCAAAUAAAUCCAAGAUCGAGAUCUAG